ACACAUUGUGCAACGUUGCUGCAAAUUGCAAUCGCAUGAGAACACAUUAAACAUUUGUUAUAAUUUCAUCAGAACUGUUCUGGCGAGUUCCUUCUGCCACAUUUGUGUUACUUUUAUAUGUAUACGUGCCUUUUGCAUUCUGUAGGGGUUAUGGAAUAUUCUGGAACUGAAACUGUCCAGGAAGAGUAAAGUAAGGACAUUUGAAGACACGCAUGCGCGAACCAGUUCUCGACAUUUCCUCACGUGGAGAUUCUAGUUCAGUGUGUCAAAUCCACGCUCAAAGAAGUCGGUCCUCAACAUCACAAGGUCUCUCACAUAAAAAUGGCUUUCAGGAAAUUCCUUCCCAUGUUUGACCGGGUGCUGGUGGAGCGUCUGGCUGCAGAGACUAUGUCGAAGGGGGGCAUCAUGUUGCCAGAGAAGGCCCAAGGCAAGGUUCUGCAGGCCACAGUGGUGGCAGUAGGACCAGGCUCCACAAACAAGGAUUUCUACAACUGGCCGGAUGAAUCCUUUGAAGAGAUGGACAGCACGCUGGCUGUACAGCAGUACAUUCAGCAGAACAUCCGGUCAGACUGCUCUAACAUCGAUAAGAUCCUGGAGCCUCCAGAGGGACAGGACGAGGGAGUGUGGAAGUAUGAGCACCUCAGGCAGUUCUGUCUGGAGCUGAAUGGACUAGCUGUGAAACUGCAGAGUGAGUGCCACCCAGAGACCUGCACCCAGAUGACCGCCACAGAGCAGUGGAUCUUCCUAUGUGCUGCACACAAGACCCCCAAAGAGUGUCCUGCCAUUGACUACACUAGGCACACGCUGGACGGAGCUGCCUGCCUUCUCAACAGCAACAAGUAUUUCCCCAGCCGCGUGAGCAUCAAGGAGUCCUCUGUAGCCAAGCUGGGCUCUGUGUGUCGCCGUAUCUAUAGGAUAUUCUCUCAUGCCUAUUUCCACCAUCGGCAGAUAUUUGACAAGUAUGAGAAUGAGACAUUCCUGUGCCAUCGGUUCACACGCUUCGUGAUGAAAUACAACCUGAUGUCCAAGGACAACCUGAUCGUUCCUAUCCUGGAGGAGGAGGUCCAGAACGCUUCAGCCGGGGAGAGCGAGGCCUGAGAGGAGAGCUACACA